CCCUCCUGGCCUUCCUCUUCCCCGCCCAUCCCCAGAGGAACCAAAAAAGCGACGCGAGUCCCCCGCACUUUGGGAGAGACGCCUUUAGUUAAAGUAACUGUGGCAGAAGAACCAGGAAGGCGCCAUGGAAGCAGGUGGCAACGUCUAUGAAGAAGCAUUGGCCAACGGGGCAACUCAGGAGGGCGAAGAGGAUGGUCAGAUGAACGGCCCGGCCCUCAAUGGCCCUGAGGUCCAGUUGGAGGAGUUUGUGGGAGCCCAUGGCGAGUACAAUGAAGAAGAGGAGGAGCGGAAGUACUUCCGACGGAAACGCCUAGGUGUUAUCAAGAAUCUUUUGGCAGCCAGCAUUGGGGGGAUGCUGAUCUACGGGGUCUUUUUAGGCCUGCUGCAGAUGCAGCUCAUCCUCCACUAUGAUGAAACCUAUCGGGAAGUGAAAUACAGCAACCUGGGGUUGCAGAACAUUGACAGCAAGAUGCUGAUGGGCAUCAAUGUCACCCCAGUUGUUGCACUUCUGUAUACUCCACUUCUCAUCAGAUUCUUCGGGACUAAAUGGAUGCUAUUUUUGGCUGUGGGAAUUUACGCACUCUUUGUCUCUACCAAUUAUUGGGAGCGUUACUAUACCUUGGUGCCAUCUGCUGUGGCAAUUGGAGCUGCCAUUGUCCCUCUCUGGGCCUCCAUGGGAAACUACAUCACUCGGAUGGCUCAGAAAUACUAUGAAUAUGCGAACUACAAAUUGGAGCAUGUCCAGGAACAGAAACGGGCCCCACGUGGAGCUUACAACUCCUACAUCAUUGUCUUCCAGACUGUCUUCUAUGGUGUCUUUUAUCUGUGUUUUGUCUGUGCCCAGUUCCCCAUGCUUUUCUUCCUAAAGGGUUACCUUUAUGACCUGAACCAUACACUCUUUAACGUAGAGCACUGUGGUACCAGAAGCCAUGGGAUCUUCACAGGGUUCAACACCACAGUUCUGCAGAAACUUCCACGUAGCAGCGAACUCAUCACUGUGGAGAGUGUACUCAUGGGAGUGGCCUUCCUCUCCAUGCUCCUGGUAUUGAUUCUGUGUGGCUCAGCCUAUCGCCCCACUGAGGAGAUUGAUUUACGCAGCAUUGGUUGGGGUAACAUCUUCCAGCUGCCUUUCAAGCACAUGCGAGACUACCGCCUGCGCCACCUCUUCCUCUUCUUUAUAUACAGUGGCUUUGAAGUGAUCUUCUUAAGCAAUGAUUUUACCUUGAACUAUGGUGUCUGCUCCAUUGGACUGGAGCACAUGGCAUUCAUUCUGAUGGCAUACGGACUGUCGGCAGCCGUUUGCUCCAUCCUGAUGCUCUCCAUGAUGUGCCUGCCACGCCAGAUUCCUCUACUUGCGGGUGCUUUUGUCCAUGGUGCCCUCUUGAUCGCACUCUUCUUCUGGGAGCCUCAGCCCCGAAGCUUGGGCGAAGCCUCUUUUCUCUACCUUGUUGCUGCACUCUGGGGCCUUGGCAGUGCCCUCAACAAGGCCGGCCUUAGUGCACUGCUGGGGAUGCUCUAUGAAGACAAAGAGAGGCAGGACUUCAUCUUCACCAUCUACCACUGGUGGCAAGCCCUGGCCAUCUUUGUUGUUUAUCUGUGGUCUUCACUGCCUAUGAAGGCUAAAUUGUCCAUCUUGUUACUUACACUGGUAGCUGCAGUUUUAGCCUACCUGUGGAUGGAACAUAAAGUAGCCCAGUUUAUCCCACACCGCCUUCCCAAGAUCCCCAAACCACGGCACAAGAUGCGGGGCUUCCGCUACUUGGAAGAAGAGAACUCUGAUGAGUCAGACCCGGAGAAGGAGGACGAGGGGAAGGAGAGUGACUCCUCGGAGGGAGAGGCACCCAAUGACCAGCAGGACCAGCCUCGGCGCAGGAACAGAUGUGCCUAUGAGCAGGCCCUUGGGGAAGAGAUUGGAGAUAAUGCUGGUUAAGUUUUACCACAACUUGGCACAUUACGGUUUUAAAAAAUAAUUCAUUCCCAUCAAUGCAUUGUAAUAUUUAAAGGACUGCUUGUUUUAUGUCUUUUACUUUUUCAUCAAUUUUUGUUAGUUGUUUUACAAAAUUCAGGAUUCAUAACAAGCUGACACCAAACCUGAAAAUUUGAUCUCAAGAUCCCUCUGAAAAUGCCCUUCAAAAAUAAUUUUAUGGAUACACGCAAAAAUUUAUUGGUACUCCAAUCCAAUAGUAUUGUUCCCAUUAUGUAAUGUGAAUAAUAUGACUGCACCGGAGUAUCAAGAAUUUUUUUAUGUAAUUUCCUCAUGCCCUUGUUGUCAAAAAAAGUAAUUCAGUAUUAGUGGUAACUAAAUUGCUUUUAACUUGCUACAGGUUGAGUAUCCCUUAUCUGAAAUGCUCAGGACUAGAAACAUUCUGUAUUUGAGAUUUUUUUCAGAUUUUGGAAUGCAGUAGAGGUACUUGUAAUGUAGAGUGGUGAAGGUCAGAAGGGAGAUGGCAGCAAACCUCAUAGGCUUCCUUGACUCCAAGGAGAAAAAAAAAGCAGGAAGGUGGUAUGGCCAAGUCUGCAACUAAAUUUUGCACAAACAGUGCCCAUGGCAUCUGUUAUUGCUGCUCAUCUGCUGCCACCUUUCAGCAAAUGUGAAGUCUACAGUGAGAUGGUGCAGUUAUGAAUGAUGAAACCUGUUUCCAGCUUUGGCCUAGAGGAGAAUUCCAAUCCAGAACCCGGAUCCCAGUUAGUACCUUUCUGCUGACAAGAGUUCAUACCCAGUCGGAGCCUUUCCAACCCAAAGCUGGAUCCACUCCUUCAAAAUAAUUCUGUUUCAGUGUACUGUUUCCUACCCUCAUUUGCUCCCAUUGCUUGCCACCCUCAGCCACUGAGAUUGGCCACACAUUUCCCCCACCCAAAGUCACACCUGCACAAAAGGACAUUCUCCCACUGUUUUUGUAUUCAAUGAAUAUGAGCAUCGCAGGUCACACAGUGUGCAGUGCCUACACUGUUUUUGGACUUCAUCCUACGCAGUCUUUACUCCGUUUCUCUGCAUUGCCAAAACUGAGUCUCACUGAGGCCAUCACAUGAUAUAAGGUCACUUCCAGUUGUAGUCUGUGAGAUUCCAUUGUGGCAGCAUAGGAAAACAGAGCAAAAAAUGCAUGUUCUGGAGUCAACUGUUACCCAAUGACAGAAGACAGGAGAAAAUGAGAUAAGAGUGUGGGGUGGCUGCCAUCCCUGAAGUCGGGACCUCGGCAGUAGGAAAUGAAGACUUUUCCCUCCGUUCACCAUCACGGAAUAAAGUUCUUUGUCUUCUCUGGUGAAAUUAUCUCGCUUUUUUAUUGUAGGAAAAACUGGCAAUAAAAUUUCAGUAUAUUUUCACAUA